AUGGCGCCAAUGAUCCCAGGUGACAAGUACAAGCCCUACACACCCAUCCACCUUGCCAAUCGAACGUGGCCCACAAAGGUGCAAACCAAGUCGCCAAUCUGGACCUCGGUCGAUCUAAGAGAUGGCAACCAGGCUCUCAUUAACCCCAUGUCCGGCGAGCAGAAGCUCAAGUUUUACCAGAAGCUCGUCGAAGUGGGUUUCAAGGAGAUCGAAGUCGCCUUCCCUUCUGCUUCCGAUACCGACUUUGGCUUUGUUCGCCACAUUAUCGAGCAAAACAUGAUCCCCGAUGAUGUCUACAUUCAAGUGCUCACUCCCGCGCGUGAGGAGUUGAUUCGACGUACGUUCGAGUCCAUCAAGGGCGCCAAAAACGUCAUCCUGCACAUGUACAACGCUUCGUCGCCCCUCUUCCGCAACGUCGUGUUCAACAACUCACAAGAACAGACGAUCGAGCUUGCCGUACGACACACCAAGAUCGUUCGUCAACUCGUCGACCACUAUUCGAAACCCGAAAACGGUGGCACCAACUUCAAGUACGAGUACUCGCCCGAGACGUUUACGCAGACCGAGAUGGACUUUGCCGUCAAGAUCUGCGAAGAGGUGCGCACAGCUUGGGGAAAAGCCAGCCACGAUAAGCCGAUCAUCUUCAACCUUCCGGCCACAGUCGAGGUAGGCCCUCCGAACCACUACGCCGACCAGAUCGAGUACUUUUGCAACAACAUCACCGACCGCAAGUCAGUCAUUGUCUCGCUGCAUCCGCACAACGAUCGAGGCUGUGCGGUCGCAGCUACCGAGCUCGGCUUGCUUGCCGGUGGUGAUCGUGUCGAAGGCUGCCUGUUUGGCAACGGCGAGCGCACGGGCAAUGUCGACAUUGUCACGCUGGCGCUCAACUUGUUUUCGCAGGGUAUCCAGCCGGGCGAGCUGGACCUUUCAGAUAUUCAGUCGGUCGUCGACGUCGUCAGUGGAUGCAACGAUAUCCCUGUUCAUCCUCGUCAUCCGUAUGCGGGAGACCUCGUGUUCACCGCCUUCUCCGGAAGCCAUCAGGACGCCAUCAAGAAAGGUUUCGCCGCGCAGGCUAAACGCAUCUCGGAGGGCGACAAUACUUGGGAAAUCCCGUAUCUGCCUAUCGACCCUGUCGACCUUGGAUGCACGUACGAGGCUGUGAUCCGUGUCAACUCGCAAUCGGGCAAAGGCGGUGUUGCAUACCUUGUGGCGCAGAGUCUGGGACUCGAUCUGCCACGAAGGAUGCAGGUGGCGUUCUACCAGGUGAUCCAGCAAGUCGCCGAUCGUACGGGCAAGGAGAUGACGAGCGAAGAUAUCACGCGCAUCUUUACGCAGACCUACCACGUUGGCUCGAUCGCGUCGCUCGCGUCGCUGCAAGUGGGCGCAGCCGUGGCGAGCAAGAGCGAGGCUCGAUUCGCUCUGCGUGGCUAUUCGCUCUCGGACGACCUUUCGAGCAGCAUUACUUCGGAAGACGCAGAUUCGGGAGUUGAGACCCCGCGUCAUCGUCGAUUUACCGGUAAGAUCCUGUACCAGGGCACGGUGCACGAGCUUACCGGCACGGGUAACGGUGCGCUCUCGGCGUUGCUCGACGCGAUCGAGUCAACGUUUGGCAUCAAGGCCGAGAUUCGCGAGUACAGCGAACAUGCGAUUACAAAGUCGUCGUCCCUGCAGACCGGCGCGGCGGGCGCCGCCGGCGCCAAUGGUAGCAAAGCGCAAGCUGCAAGUUAUGUGGAACUUAUCGACCCGCUUCAGAAGGCGCAGAUCGGCGAGAAAAAGGCGCCCGGUUUCUGGGGCGUCGGUAUCGAUGUCGAUAUCACCACUGCUUCGCUCAAGGCGGUUCUUUCGGCGCUUAGCAACAUUUCAAAGCGCGAAGCUGUGAUUGCUGACGCGGUCAAUGUCGCAGUCGCAGCCAAUGGUAAACACUAG